ACCACACCAGUUGGUCCAAUUGCCACUAAAGCGUUAACAUCAUCCGUCUUCUCUCCCCUCCCACAACCUAUUUAAACAUCUGCCCUUAUCUUGAGUCUUUAGGAAGCCCGUUGCACACAGUCCCGAAUAACUGGCAUAUCAGCUGAAGAGACGUGAUGGCUUUGGCAGAUCCCGAGUGUGGAAUAUCAAACGGCGCGGAUUCCACGUCUCCGUUUUCUGACAUUAUUGAACUAAAUGUGGGAGGACAAGUGUAUGUGACACGGCACACGACUUUAAUAGCCGUACCGGAUUCUCUUCUGUGGAACAUGUUUAGUAAGAAAACACCAACGGAGCUGGGUUUUGUGAGCAAAGGUCGCUUCUUUCUGGACAGGGACGGCUUUCUUUUCCGCUACAUUUUAGACUACCUACGGGAUUUAAAUCUGGUUUUGCCUGACUAUUUCCCAGAGAAGAGCAGAUUACAGCGGGAGGCUGAGUUUUUUCAGCUGCGGGACCUGUCCAAGCUCUUGAGUCCCAAUAUGAGUAAAGACAACUCCAUCACCGAUGAGAUCUGUCAGAGUGACUCGGAGGAACCGAGCGUGCCUCCGCUCCUGGGACCCGACGCCUCGCGCACAAUGUCCGUCGCCAGCACCGCUCACUCUCCCUCCAUCGAGUCCAAAAAGUCGGGCUUCAUCACAGUCGGUUACCGGGGCUCAUACACAAUCGGAAGAGACAUACAGACAGACGCCAAAUUCAGGCGAGUCGCGAGGAUCACGGUGUGCGGGAAGACCUCUCUGGCUAAGGAGGUGUUCGGAGACACUUUGAACGAGAGCAGAGACCCGGACCGCCCUCCGGAGAGGUACACAUCGCGCUAUUAUCUGAAGUAUAAUUUUCUCGAGCAGGCGUUUGACAAACUUUCAGAGUUUGGCUUCCAUAUGGUCGCGUGCAGCUCCACUGGCACGUGCGCUUACUCCAGCAAUGACCCAAACGAAGACAAGACCUGGACAAGCUACACAGAGUAUGUUUUCUGUCGAGAAUAAGCCAAAAUAUGUCGCAUUUAAGUGUGUACAGUAUAUAUGAAUUCCACUACAUUCCACUACAAGAGUAAAGUUUCAUCCGUGUUGGAGAGUUGUAGCCUAUUGGAGUUAUUCUCAUUCAUAAAUUUCUAGUUGUGUGCAUCUUAGCUGUUUACUCCGAGACUUUAAGCCUACUACACGUAUUAGCUACUAGAAUUAACAAACGCAUAUUAACUAGCUAUCAUUGCUUAGCUUCAUUUUGUUUGCAGAUAAAGUCAUAUUCAGAUUUGAGGACCUAUUUGUAAAAAGUCCCAGAUGUGUUUUGUACUUGCAUGCAUUUUAAUAAAUAGGUUUUCUUCCCGGGUCAAU